AUGGCAGACAGUCUGUAUGGCAUUAAGCAGGCCUCGAAGACCAAGGCCAAGGAAAUUUCGUCCUCCACUUCUCUCGCUUUCUCUACGAACUUGGCAUCACUGAUCUCCAGCUCGUCCUCUGCGAAAUCGAAACCUUCAGCCGGCCGAACGCGUCCGUCUAAAGAUAAAUCGGAUAUCUUUACUAUUCACAACAAAAAUGUCAAGAAACGGUCCGCCGCUGACCUCGAAGAUGGCCAGCAACGCCACAAAACGAAGGAUGAUAUUGGUUCAGUCGACGAUGCAGAGUUGCACAGGUCGAAGAGGAAGAUGGAAGACAAAGUCCGCCUAUACAAUGCCAUGAGGCGUGGUGAAUACAUCGGUAGAGAGGAUUACGACAACCGUAGCCUGAUCGAUUUCGACCGCAAGUGGGCGGAAGAUCAGCUAAAAGGCGAAGGAGGUGACUCCGAUAGCUUCGACUCCGAUAACGGCGUGGACGAAGAGGAAAUUGUCGAAUAUCUGGAUGAGUUUGGUCGGCUCCGCAAAGGAACAAAAGCGCAGGCGGCGCGUGAAGAGAGAAGGAAACGUAUGCAGGCCGCCGCCGCCGCCGAAGAGGAGCGACUUUCUGCAAGACCUUCCAUGCCGAGUAACAUCCUCUAUGGAGACACUAUUCAACACCAGGCCUUCAACCCUGACCAAGCCAUUGCUGAUCGCAUGGAAGAAAUUGCGAAGAAGCGAGACAAAUCUGCGACUCCUCCUCCCGAGACACACUACGACGCCAGUGCUGAAAUUAGGAGCAAAGGAACAGGCUUCUACACUUUCAGUAAAGAUGCAGAAGAGAGGAGGCGAGAAAUGGAUGCUCUUGAAAAAGAGAGGCUUGAGACGGAGAGAGUGCGCAAAGAACGGGACGAAAAGAAAGAGCAACGGAUGAAAGAAAUUGAGGAGCGCCGCAAGUUGAUUGCUGCACAGAGGGCCAAAGCUCAAGCUGACAAAUUCCUUAAUGAGCUUGACCUUGGAGGUAUUUGA